GACAGAGACACAGGCAGGCAGGCAGACAGGCAGGUGAACUCCACCCCCCAGUCACCUUGAGGUCAGCUGUGGUGUUUUCGAGGUCGUGACCUCAGAGGAAGCAGCACGAGGAGCCCGACAGGAACAGGAAGUGACAGACGCGGCACCGCCAUGUUGGCCCGGAGCGUCGCUGCGACUCAGGGCGCCGGCCGGGUCGACGCCCAGCUGUGCCACUCGCUCUGCUCGCUCCGCCCGGAGCUGCCCAGACUCCAUUACCCAGCGGGCCGUGGGAGCAGGAAGUACAGGGCGGGGCAGGAGGCGGGGCAGAUGGGCGUGGCUCAGAUCAACAGAAUCUUGAAGGCCAACGAAUACAGCCACACCCUCCCCAGAGGCCCCGCCUCCCAUGGUGUCCUGGGUUUCCAUAGCAACCUGCUGCCGUCGAACCAUCCAAGCGAGGACCGGCGCAGCGGCGCCACCUGCCUGCCGGGCGGCGGCCUGCUGUUGGGCGUGUUUGACGGGCACGCCGGGCCGGCCUGCGCCCACGCCGUCAGCCAGAGGCUCUUCUACUACAUCGCCGUGGCGACGCUGCCGCUCAGGACGCUGGCGGAGCUGGAACAGGCGGUGCAGGAGGAACGGGCCGUCCCGCCGCUGCUGGAGUGGCACAAACACCCACAGGACCACAGCGGCUCCCACAGCGGCCAGGACGCCUUCCACAGCCUCCGGGCCUACUGGCAGCUCCGCCUGCAGGGCCAGGACGGCGGCAGCAUCAGCUCGGCGCUGGUCGACGCCUUCAGUCGCCUUGACGACGACCUCUCUCUGGAGGCCCAGGCCCACCUGCGCAUGUCCCCUCCCAGGCGGGGGUCUCUCCCCGGCCGGUCCCUCACCUGCCCCCUGCAGGUGGCGCUGUCGGGCUGCACCGCCUGCGUGGUGCACGUGUCUCAGGGCGUGCUGCACGUGGCCAACCUGGGCGACAGCCGGGCGGUGCUGGGCGUGCAGGAGGCGGGCGGCGGCUGGUCGGCGCUCAGCCUCACCGCCGACCACAACGCGCAGAACCCGGCGGAGCUGCGGAGGGUUGCGGGGGAGCACCCGGCGGCGGAGCGGCGCACGGCGGUGCGGCACGGCCGCCUGCUGGGGCUGCUGCUGCCGUUCCGGGCCUUCGGCGACGUCCGCUUCAAGUGGAGCUCCGAGGCGCUGGCUCACCUGUGCGAGACGCGGCCCGACGUGCUGGCGGCGGUGGGCGGAGUCCGCGCGCCGCAGAACUACCUGACGCCGCCGUACCUGAGCGCGCGGCCAGAGGUCACCUGCCACCGCAUCAGAGCCGCUGACAAGUUCCUGGUUCUGGCCACUGAUGGAUUAUGGGAACUGAUGCACCGACAGACGGUCGUCCAGCUGGUCGGACAGCAGCUGGCAGCCCUCCAGCAGCGGCGGCCUGGGCUCAGCAGCGCCGGUGUGACGCUGGGCGGCCUGCAGCGCCUCCUGCUGGAGAGGAAGGGCCGGGCGCUGGCGGCGCUGGAGGACCAGAACGCCGCAACACACCUGCUGCGCCACGCCGUGGGCGACGACGGGUACGGGGGGGUGGAGCCUCGCCGCCUGGCCAAGAUGCUCAGCCUGCCGGCCGACGUGGCCCGAAUGUACCGUGAUGACAUCACCAUCACCGUCAUCCAGCUGAACGAGCUGCACGCCUGACCGCCAUCACCCGCCUCUGACCCCCUGACCCUAACUAACCCUAACCCCCUGACCCCCUGACCCUCUGACCCUGACCCUACAACCAGUGUCAGGGUCAGAGGUCAGGGUCAGAGGUCAGGGUCAGGGUGUGGCUUCAACACUCCCGUCUGCCAGUCUCAGUCCAAAUGAAACAUGGCGACGUUCAGCUCUGACUCCGUGUGGAUUUGCAGCUUCACCUCUCAGCCGCCGUCACUUUAUUUUCUUAACUUUCACCUCCACUCCAGUCAGUGUAAGACAAUAAAAUAUUUUUUAAUG